ACGACAUGUAGCCAAGUCUCCCAUGAAGCAAUGAAAGAGCUGUAGGCUACCAAUUCAUUUAAACUUAUAGUAGCCUGUUAAAGCCAUACAGAAUGCUAAAUCAUUCAUCAUGAUGACUGAAUGUUACCGUAAUCAAAUAAUAACCCAGUCUUUUUAAAAAGCUGUCAUUUGUACACUGUUUAUGUGCAGAUGGUACAGUCGGGGCUGCAAUAACGAUUACUGACAUUUUCUCAUCAUUUCAUUAAUAACCAAGCUUUGUUCACAAUCUGCCUUUCAAGGCGUGACAGAAAUGUUAAAAUGACCUCGAUCACAGCCUCCAGUGGCUGCACAAAGUCAGUAUGACCAUAGAGAGGUGCACUCCACAUCCCUGAAUCCAAAUAUGCUGCAUUCAAGAGCAGCUCAUUAUAUGGCAUAGCACACGACUUAAAAGGGAACAAAUUAGCCCGCAAGCUUAUGUAAUUCUGGGCACAAGUACAGAACAGACAGUUUCUACGGUUUUAUAAUUUUUUUUUUUUAAUAUUGACUACCCCCUGGUGCCGUUAACAUCCUUUUGAUAGUCAGCUGCCUUACAAAACAUUUGAAAUACACUGAUUGUUUUUCAUAAAAACAUGUUUUGACCACUGACAUGAUCUGUGUUUGAUGCAAAACCUGAGAAGGCUACCUCAGGAGUCAAAAGAACGGAUGAAGUAAACACCACACAACUAGAAUGAUAAACUGAGUAAGACAAAACAUUAACAUCCUUACAUUUGAGACACCAGAAACAGCAAACAUACCCCCCUCCCACCACCCAACAUGAACACUGACAGCUGCAAGACUUGUAGAAUAUCACAGCUAGCGGAUGACAUACCCUGAUGAUUGGCAGAGAGGGAGACACACACACGCGCGCAGAUGGAAAAAGCUGGAAGAAAACUGACUGAGGAAGAGAGGAGGAAGAGAGAAAGAGAGAGAGAGAGACCUAAAAAGUAAAAGAGAGAGAGAGAGAGAGAGAGAGAGAGAGAGAGAGAGAGAGAGAGAGAGAGAGAGAGAGAGAGACUCGUUCAGCACUCUGGCUCGUGGACAGCAGCGCACCGUACUGCCGCGCUCGCUGCUCUCUGUCAGUUAAAAGGGUUUGACGCGCGCGGGGUUUCCACAGCAGCUUCCUCUCUGGUCCGUCUUCAAAUAUCAACGGUCAAAAACAAGCAGAAAACAAGUACUCAGCAACAACUUAACUAAAAAUGGAGUGUACCACGCUGAGCAGGGAGGGAGCAGGGCUCGCCAAGCCGCCCAAGCAUCUGUGGCGGCAACCCAGGACUCACAUACGGAUCAAACAGCGCUUCAACUCCGACACCGAGCGCUACCUGUGCCGCAACCGGACUCUGGAGAAACUGCGACCCGGGCUGAGAAAACCCCGCAUGUCCUGGCCCUCUUCAUUGAAACGUUUUGAUGUGGAGAAUGGCCUGUCGGUGGGUCGCAGUCCACUGGACUCUCAGACUAGCCCGGGUUCUGGUCUGGUACUUCAGGCCAAUUUCCCACACAGUCAACGCCGCGAGUCUUUCCUUUACCGCUCCGACUCAGACUUCGACCUCUCACCAAAAGCCAUGUCCCGCAACUCGUCCACUGCCAGUGACCUGGAGGAGGGAUUGAAGCAUUGGGAAGUCAAUUGGCUACCUCGGCAUGGAGAAGACAUGAUAGUGACUCCAUUUGCACAGGUUCUUGCCAGUCUCAGAACAGUGAGGAGUAACUUUGCUGCUCUGACACAUCUGCAAGAUCGUGUGGGAAACAAGAGGCCGGCAAGCAGCAACCAGCCAUCCAUGUGUAAACCAUGUCUUACAGAGGAGCCCUACCAGAAGCUGGCAGUGGAGACGCUGGAGGAGCUGGACUGGUGUCUGGACCAGCUGGAGACGCUGCAGACAAGACACUCAGUCAGCGAAAUGGCAUCCAAUAAGUUUAAGAGGAUGCUAAAUCGUGAGCUGACGCAGCUCUCAGAGACAAGCCGCUCAGGGAAUCAGGUGUCAGAGUUCAUCGCCAACACCUUCCUAGAGAAACAACAUGACGUGGAGAUACUGUCUCCACCUCCUAAGGAGAAGGAGAAGAAGAAGAGGCCGAUGUCACAGAUCAGUGGUGUGAAAAAGGUGACACAGAGCCCCAGCUUAGCACCCGCCUGCAUCCCUCGCUUUGGAGUCAGCACGCCACAAGAGAAUAUGUUGGCCAAGGAGAUUGAGGACAUUAACCGUUGGGGUCUGGAUAUAUUCAAGAUAGCAGAAUUUUCCGGAAACCGACCUCUGACGGUUAUCAUGUACUCUGUCUUCCAGGAGCGAGACCUUCUAAAAACCUUUAAGAUCCCCAACGACACCUUUGUCACCUUCAUGAUGACCUUGGAGGACCACUACCAUGCAGACGUAGCUUAUCACAACAACGUUCAUGCAGCCGAUGUGGUGCAGUCCACCCACGUCCUCCUGUCCACCCCUGCUUUAGAGGCGGUGUUCACAGACCUGGAGAUUAUGGCUGCUCUGUUUGCUAGUGCCAUCCAUGAUGUCGACCACCCAGGAGUCACCAACCAGUUCCUAAUAAACACCAGUUCAGAGUUGGCACUGAUGUACAACGAUGCCUCAGUGCUGGAGAAUCACCACCUCGCUGUGGGCUUCAAACUGCUCCAAGAAGACAACUGUGACAUCUUCCAAAACCUCAGCAAGAAACAGAAAGACUCCCUCCGCAAGAUGGUGAUUGAUAUGGUGCUCGCCACAGAUAUGUCCAAACACAUGAACUUCUUGGCUGACAUGAAGACGAUGGUGGAGACCAAGAAGGUGACCAGUCUGGGAGUCCUGCUGCUGGACAACUACUCUGACCGCAUCCAGGUUCUGCAGAACAUGGUCCACUGUGCCGACCUGAGCAACCCGACCAAACCGCUGCAACUUUACCGACAGUGGACAGACCGCAUCAUGGUGGAGUUCUUUACCCAGGGAGACCGAGAGCGGGACAAGGGCAUGGAGAUUAGUCCCAUGUGUGACAAACACAAUGCCUCCAUAGAGAAAACCCAGGUGGGCUUUAUUGACUAUAUCGUCCACCCUCUGUGGGAGACCUGGGCUGACUUGGUGCACCCUGACGCCCAGGACAUUCUUGACACUCUGGAGGAUAACAGGGAGUGGUACCAAAGCAUGAUCCCUCGCAGUCCAUCGCCCUCCAGCCCAGAGGAGCACCAUGUAGAGCUUGGUUCAGGAGGAGAAGCUGUUGGCACAGGAGGAGCCAUCCCUUCAGGAGGAGGAGGAGGAGGGGACAAAUUCCAGUUUGAACUCACUCUGGAGGAGGAAGAGGAGGAUGAGGAGGAGGUGGAGGUGGAGUCAGACCUGGAUAGCCCCCUAGAGGAGGAGCCUCAUUCAGGCGGGGAGCGACACCAAGAUUCCUCCUCCCCCUCCUUGUCUCCAGACCCCCGCAGCAGCACCAGCAGGUACCGACCCCCCUCACCUCACCCGUCUCGGACCCUGAAUCUGGCUGCCAUGUCGGUGCGGAGCCCCCACAGGACGCUGGAGGGUGCUGACAGGGACAGAGAACUGAGCCAGGAGGGCGACGGUGUGGCCUGCCUGCGUAUGGGCACGUAACAACCAGCACAACCUGCCCUGCCUGAGAGACACGAGUGCUGAAUGUAGUGAGAAGGAGGCAGGGCAGGCCUUCACCAAUAAAGUCUGUAAAAUCACUACAGUCCCUUUACACUGGAGACACCCUCUCUGGAGAACUGUUUUAUUUUCUAUAUUACCGAGACAAAUCGUUUUAGCCUCUCUUUGCCUGAUUGGCCUUCAUGUCCCGUCCUGCUUCAUUGUAGCUUCGGUUUGAAGCGUCCCAGACAAAGACUGCUGCAUUUUAACUGGGAAGAAGAGUGGAGCGAAGACGCGAAGCACUUAAUGAACAAAAGGUAAAGGAAAUGUCUUCCUCCAAAAUAACUGUUUGAGACAUUCAGACAAGAGCAGCGAGCGAGGAUUGCUCUGGUUCGACAGGGUCUUGGAAAUUAUUUUGCACCAUAGUUUUCAUUUUGAAUUACAGAGUCUGGUUGGAAUAAGUGUAUAUGAUUUCUUUGCUUAAGAAUGGUGUGAGAGAUGAAUCAUUUUGCCAAAUACACGAUGUAGAUUUGCAACGAGAGAAUCGAUGGACCUAAACCUCAGGGUAUGAAGAGAACCAUAAAUCUAAUGUAGCACGGAUGUAGUGGAAACCCCCAACCCCAAACUGUUUGUCCUGUUUGAUUUACCUCCAAACCAGAGACACCUGAAACUUUGUUUAACCUGCGUGUCUCUACAGUUAAUCAAAUCCCUUUAAGAGAAAAUUUGGCAACUGAAGCAAUGAAAUAAUAUGUAUUUAAACCAGCUUGUAGCAGCGCAGAGAUUGAACACUGAAGAAGGCUGUAGCCCAGUCUCACCUGUUGAAUAUACAAGAAGACACCACCUGUAUAAUGAGUUUAUUUUUUUACCUGAGAUGAUUUCAAAAACGGUGUCAUUGUUCUGUUGUUGUACAUUUGCUGGUCUUGUCCGUGUUUAUGUGCUUGAAAAGCAUUUUUUAUUAUCAGGGUGCCUCCAGUCCGCAGUAGCACUUUACCGUCUCUGCCCUUCAGCUCUUCUAUUCAGUCACACAAAGGGCUUCACCCACUGUAGGCCUACUGAUCACGCCAACACAGCACAGGACAUCUGACUCGAGGUACCAGAAGACCAGAAAGGAAAAGGAAAGGCAGGAAAAUAACUUCAGAGGAUUCGAGGGACUCCAAAAUUCACUGGUGGUCAGAUACUGUUGGAAUUAUGAGACUCCUUCUGUCUUCUUUAGUGAAGUAUUUACACCUCUGUUUCAUGAUGAUGUUGAAGUUUUUUGUUUUUCUUUUUAACAGUAACUCUGUCAACUUAUAAAUGGAUCGACCUGGGUCGCACUUUCUUUUUAAAGGCAAAUUUAUGACUGCAAAUGUUGGCUACAAUCAGUUCCUAUGUCCAAAGACUCAGAGAUGGCAGAGGCUUUAAGCAACACUUUUAAACAGUUGUAGAAGCAAGGAGAUUCUGGGCUGAUACCGAUGUUUUAUAGCUGGGCGAUGCUUUAUAGUCCAGUGCAAAACUGAUGUGACAAAAAAUAAGCAUCAGCCACCACCAUCGGUGAGUGUUGUCUUAACCAGAAUGCCAGGAAAUAUUCUAUUUUAUUUAUUUUAAAUGUAAAGUUCUAUCCUUUUUCCCUAAAUCAGCAAGGAUCUUAUAAUUCCAAUGAAGUCACCAAGAAGUUAGUUUCCUGCCGAUGGGCUGUGGAGAUCAGAAGGAGCACAGUUUGUGACUCAAAUGAAUCGCCUGUAGUUCAUACUCAACAGAUUGUGUCCCAUCAGGUUUUCAGUCUUAUCUGGUAGUUAGUGCUCGACGGGGAUAACUGUGUGCCAUAAGUGUUGAAAACACACAAACACCUGCCAGCCUACGAUGCUGUACAUUUUUACACUAGAGAUUUUAACCUGAUGAUUGUAUCAAAGUCAUUGACUUUAUAGUGUUAGUUUUUACGAAUGAUACAUGUAAACAGUAUUUAAAGCAGACAAUUUACUAGAUUUUGUGCAACUUACGAUCAGUCUGUUCAGCUUUUCCUAAUCAGACAGCUGGGACUUGAGAAUGUGUGUAGUUUCAGGAGUUCAGGACUCUUUCCGUCCACAUUCAGUGUAGAGCAAUGUUUAAUGUCGCCGUCACCGAAGUAGAACAACCUGGAAGCAAACAAGCACUACACAAGAAACAAUGCACUUCCUGGUCUGGCAGUAGUAGAAAACACUAGUCUAACAGUAUUUUAUUAACUCAGCUAGUAAGCUUUAUUGAUCAGCCUUACAUGUGAUGCUGAAUGUUAAAGGACCAUGACGCUGUUUUUAACAUGCAAACACUCAGUAUCAUUUGAGCUGCAGUUCUGGAAAACUGGAACAGUAGGAAUCAUGAAGAAUCCGGAUACAAAUAGAAAACUAUUCUUAAAGACAGGACCAAUAUUCUGGUUCUGUCCUUGUUAUCAUCCUGUUGUCAUUUCGACUGUAGAAAGAUUUGUUGUAAUUAUCUGACAGAUUAAGUUAAAUGUUAAACAUCACUCCCAGUUUUAUUGAUUACACGUUAUGGUGAGGUUACGUGAUGUUAUGGUGAGUGUCAAAAUCCCUCAAAAUUCCAUGAUGAAAAAGCCAUGUAAUCCUCAGCAGCUUGAAUUGUCUAAUGCGUGAGACGUUACCUCUUUCAACAGGCAAAAGUAGUAAGUUAAAAACAAGAAAUGUCAGAAUCUAGAUGGCAGAUUGCCUUGAAAGCUGAUGAUCCCUUAUGGCUUCUUCUUCAGCAUCACUCCGGCAGCAAACCUUAAGUUCUAAAAAUAGAGAAACCACCAUUUUUGUUUUACAUUAAACACUUUUUUGUUGUCUUGUGAAGAAAAAUCAGCUUAGCUAGAUUGAAACUUUUAUUUUAGUUUUGCUACCAAAUGUCUCUGAAAAUAUCAUCACCUGUUCAGUAUAAAAUACCAGUCCCAUGAUCUCCUGUGAAUUGACCCAGUAACCCUGCUGGUCUGCUUAUCACCGGCUAAAAAGCACAUUUCUUCAAGUUAGUUUGACAAGAACUGGGAUCAAGGAGCUCAUACAGCUGGAAUUUGUAUUAUAUUCAAAAAUAUGAAGCAACAGUGUUGAUUGUGGUGCCCCCUGUAGACAAAGGUGGUAUGAGCAUCAACACAUCUGUUAUAAAAAUCUUGAUCUGACAUAUUUUUAAUUGUUGCAAGAUGUAACUUUGUAAGUGUAAGAUGACAAUGGUGAAACCUUGUUUUAGUGCUGUACCACAGGACUCCUACUCUGCCAUAAAACAGAUUUAAGUUAAUGAUUUCUCCCACCUGGUGACAGGCAUCAACUAUAACCACAUUAACUGUAACAGCAGCAGCCAGUGAAAUAUACAUUCUUGGUAUAAUUUUAGGGCAAAAAACAGAAGUAAAAAUCUUUUUAAUUUUGUAUCUAAAUCAAACUCUGUGCCUCCCUGUAAGUAUUGGCUGAAACACCACUGUGAUCCACUCAAUUGUUAACACAAUCUGUUGGCUUGAUCGAGUGAUGACUUUAUACAUUUCCAGUUAGUCUGGAAAACACCAAAACCAAUUACAAAUGAAUCACUCCAAAGAUAUCAUGUGACAUUUCUGCCUUAAAAUGUGUGAAACGACCUUAAAAGUAGUAACCUUUGUUGCAAAUUUUGUUUAGUUGUGUACUUGUAUUAUCCCAAAUGUUUCAAAGAUUUUAAAACGUAAUUUAAUUUCAGGUAAAGGUGAGUCAGUGAGGAAGGGAGACUAUGAACAAGACUAAACUUGACAUGAAUAAAACCUGAAACUGGUUCGACAUGGCCUUUUCAUCAUGUGUGGAUAUAACUUAAGUCGAUUUAACAGUUUCCAGUCAGCUGAAUAUACCAUGUGCAGCUCGGGGAUCUGAGGUGUCACAGUGGCAUGUUAAACACAGAACUGUGGCUCUUUACAGGAAGACAUCAGUGCCAUACAGUGUUAAAUGUGUUAGCGAGCAGCAGAGUUCCUGCUCUCGCUCCGUUAUAGUGUCGCGCUGAUACUGCCAACAUUAAUGUUUGCACCGUCUCGUUUUCUCAGCCUCUCUGUGUCGUGCAAACCUCUAUAAAAGAUAUUUAUUCUUUAAACGUGUCUGUCGAGACAAAGUACUGUAACAUAGGACAUUUGAUUUUAUGUUCUGGAGCCUAAAAAUCAAGUAUACUUUACGAGUAUGUAUGCAUCUGCCACUCCAAUGUUUUGUCAAAGAAAAUAACUAUAUUUUCGUUCAUUAUUUUAAGCCAAAAGAGUCUUGGGAGUUCAGGGUGUUUUAAGUGGAAAAUGCCAAUAAAUUAAAUGGAAAUUUA